AUGGAAACGUCGAGUUAUAGUGAAACUUCGUGCGAAAAUGUGAACGCUGUUGAUUUGGCCUCUUCGCUGGCAUUCAGGCCUAGAGGAUCAUUAGCUAGGGCUUUGUAUCGCAAAGAGAAACACGACGAGUAUCUCAGCCAGUUCGAUAAAGCAGAGACGAGUGGUCAGACCGAAAAUGUAGGAUUAUUGAAAUUUAUAGAAUUAGAACAAUUCAUGAACGAAUGA